AUGUACUUUGAAAAUAAAAAGAAGUCUGGUGGGGGGACCAUUCAGUCCUACACCAAAGAGGAUCAGCAAAUUAUCAUCACCUUUGAGAAGGAGGAAGAUGCCCAAGAAGUUUUGCAAAGGAAGCAUCACUCGGUGAAGAAAAUUGAUCUGUGUGUGAAGCCGUGGCAAGUGAAGACUCUCCAGGAGCCGUGCCAAAUGGAGAACUCUGAAGGAUCCCUGCCUUCCACUGCAAUUGUGCUGGAAAAUGUGAAGGAGACAGUAAAAGAGUGCAUGUUAAUUAUGCUGGUAGAGAACGUCAGUGGCUUGUCAGAGGAUGAUGGUGACUUCACUGUGGAAAUGAUACCUGAGUUACGUGCUGCUGUAGUUACUUUUACUGGAAACACAGAUACAGAGGAAUUGGCUAAAAAGCUUAACCGAAACCACAGAACCAAGCAACAAAACAUUACUGCAUGGUGCCUUGAGCAAACAAAAAGCAUUAGGGCUGAAAAUAUACCACCCAACACAUCCAGUGACUAUAUAACCAUCUACUUUGAAAAUAAGAAGAAUGGAGAUGCACAAGUGGUGGGUGUUCAGCAGCUGCCUGAUGAAGAUGCAGCUAUCAUUACACUGAGUGACUAUAAAGACGUAACUAAUAUCCUGGCAAAGAAGCAUUCACUCAACAAAACACCAGUCUCUGUCUAUCCUUACUACACCUCUCUGGGAACAGCUCUCUAUGGAAAGGAAGGACCACAGAUAAAGAAGCCAGAUCCAAUUACAUUGCUUCUGGAUCCCUAUAUCUGGAAUUAUUUGCAACGAAACAGCAGCCUAAUAGAGACAAUAAAUGGUGAAAUGGCAAAGUGUAACUGUGUGCCAAUGUGGCCUGAACCCCAGUGUGCUGACCCAAAAGUAACUUUGCAUCCUUCAGCUAUUUUUUCUGAGCGGAAGAGAUCAGUAUUUCAAUUGGUCAAGACAUGGAAGGAAAAAGCUUCCACAGCAUUUUCACACAGCAUAUCAAAGUACAAAGCAAUUCAGUGUCAAGUAAGCGCAGAGGUGUGGGAAGCCAUUAGAAACAGCUUUCCCCAUGAUGAAGUUUUGGUGAUCCCAUGUACUUCCAAGGAUUUACUAGUUCUAGUAGGUGAAAAAGAAGUUGUGAAGAAUGUUGAACAUGUACUGAAAAUUCUGAUCGAAAAGGCCAUCAUAGAAAUUGAAAGAGAAAAGCAAAGAACUGAACAAAUAGUGGUAGUGAGUCCAGGGGAAUAUGGAAUUUUACAGAUUAGUGGUCUUGAAGAAAAAUUUCGUACGGAGUUCCCAGCCCUGCAGAUAACUUAUGAUUAUUUGCAGAAGGUAAUUAACCUAUGUGGAGUGCCUGAGGAAGUUUAUAAAAUAAAAGGGGAAAUAUUUGAUUAUUUACGCAAAAUGGUAAAGAAAACUGUUAAGAUCCACCCUCACAUUUUCCAAUUUUUAGAGCAUAUUGAUAAUGAAACAUUGUCACAGAGCCUGUUUAUGUUAAAAAAAAUCAGUGCCUUUUAUGAACUUGGCACAGAAGCUAUCAUCUUGAAAGGGAGUACUCCUGAAGAUCUCCUAAAAGCAGAAGAAGAAAUACAGAAGGAACUGGACUACAAAAGCAUUAGUUUGGAGGAUGAGUCAGUCCUGCAGAAGAACGAAUGGCACAUGCUCACCAAGCACAACUGCUGUAAUGAAGCUGUAGCAGUAACUCAGGCAGAGAGUCAGGUCAUUAUUGCUGGUUUAUCUCAAGCAGUAACAGAAGCCUUUGAGAAACUUUCUCACUUUAUAGAUGAAAACACACACGUACAAAAGGUCAUUGGAGGAAAGCCCAUGGCAGUCAUAACGUUUUUUGAGAAAGAGAAGGCCAAAGACUGGGGUGCCUUACAGAAAAACGGUGUGAAAGUUGACUUCAGCACACAGAAAACGUGUGGGGUUAUAACCUUGAGUGGGUCAAGGUCUAAAGUGCUAGAAGGAAUCAUCUUAGUUGAAGAGAUUCUCUCCGGCCUGCAUUAUAAGCGUGUGGUAAUUACAGCGCCAGGAGCCAAGUCAUAUUUCAAAGAGCAAGAACACCUUUUGUCAGCCCGUGUAAAACAAGAGUUUAAGUGUCUAGUGCAACUCGAAGAGGUGCCAGAAGAGCAGCUAGAAGAACAGCAAGAAGACAGUAACAGAGGCAAGCCCUACAUGCAGAUGACUGUGGGUGGAGUUGUAGUAGCAGUUUAUAAAGCUGACUUGUGCACUCAUCCUGUUGAUGUUGUGGUGAAUGCAUCUAAUGAAACCUUAAGUCACAUCGGUGGCCUUGCUGCAGCACUGCUAAAUGCUGCUGGUCCAGAGCUGCAAGAGGAGUGCAAUGAGCUGGUGAGGAAGAAGGGGAAUUUGCAGCCUGGCUCUGCAGUUAUCACAGGCGCUGGGAAACUCCCCUGCAAGAACAUCAUUCAUGCUGUUGGGCCCAGGUGGAGCAAGGAGGAAGCAGAACUAUGCGUGGAGUCAUUGAGGAAGGCAGUGAAGAAUAGUCUACAACUAGCUGAAACAUACAAUCAUCGUUCCAUAGCUCUGCCUGCUGUAAGUGCAGGGCUUUUUGGCUUCCCACUGGAACUGUGUACAUAUUCGAUUGUAGCCUCCAUCAAGGAGGCCUUGGAAGAAUCCAUGGGGGAGAGCAGCUUGAAGGAGGUUCAUCUUGUGGAUAUUUUACCGGAUAAAGUUCAGGCUUUCAGCAAGGCACUUAAGGAAGUGUUUGCAGGUCAUUCAUCUUCCCACAGGUCACUGCCUCAGGCCAGUACAGUUCAUAAGUCUAGGAAACGCAAAAUUCCUCAACACAACUUCCCAUUUGUAACAACUGAGGAAGGCCUUGACAUUCUGCUGGAAACAGGAAACAUUGAAGAUGCUACAACAGACAUUGUUGUCAUCAGUGUCGGCAAAGAUCUCCAGCUUGAUACAGGGCAACUUGCUAAAGCUUUGCUACGCAAGGCAGGGCCAAUGCUUCAGAUAGGCUUGAGAAAAGCCCAAGAAGUAACACCUGAGGAAGGAUCUGUGUUGAAAACAAAAGGCUACAACCUAGCUUGCAGUGUUGUGCUUCAUGCUAUCAUACCUGCAUGGUCCCAAGGACACACAUCUUUAAAGGUCUUGGGUGAUAUCAUCAUAAAAUGCCUGAAGAUUGCUGAAAAACUAUCUUUAAGGUCAAUUACUUUCCCAGCCCUUGGGACAGGGAAUUUAGGAUUCCCAAGCACUGUUGUUGCUAAAUUACUGUUCGACAAGGUGUUUGAAUUCAGUAGUAAGAACAGAGUCAAAUCUCUUGAGAAGGUUCACUUUCUGGUGCAUCCAAAAGACGCAGCUAAUAUUCAGGAAUUUUCAGACGAACUUGACAACAGAAGUGGAAAUACUGCAGACGUUAAAUUGCAGAUCCCUUCUUCAAGCACGCCUAGCCAACACUUAGCUUCUUCCAGUAUCUCUUCAACCUCAGCAGGUAAUAUACAUGAAAUGACCAUUGGCUCCAUCCUGUUCCGGGUGGCAGAAGGUGAUAUUACCAUGGAAGAGACCGAUGUCAUUGUAAACAUAACAAACGAGGACUUCAGCCUCACAGGAGGUGUCUCUAGAGCAAUUCUGAAUGGUGCUGGAAAAGCAGUUGAAGUCGAGUGUGGUCAACUAGCCUUGCAGCCUCACAAGAGUUAUAUUAUAACCCAAGCAGGAAGGCUGCCAUGCAAAAAAAUAAUUCAUUUUAUUGCCCAAGUUGAUACCAAGUUGCUAGUCUCCCAAGUGCUUCAGGAGUGUGAAUUACAGCAGUUCACCUCUGUCGCCUUCCCAGCAAUUGUAACAGGAGAAGCAGGCCGCAAUCCAGCUGAGGUAGCCGACAAAAUGAUAGAUGCAGUAACUAACUUUGCAAAAAACCACUCUGCUCCAUCUGUGAAAACUGUCAAAGUUGUCAUCUUUCAGCCACAUAUGCUAAGUGUGUUCCACACAAGCAUGCAGAAAAGAGAAAAGCCUACUAAAACCCUAUUUGAAUCCUUGCUUUCCAAGUUACCAACAUUAUGGAACUCUGAGAAAUGUUCCCCAAAGGAAAAAAACAAAGGAGUUUUGGAAAAGAAAAUCGAUAUGACUGUUGUGCAGAUUUGUGGUGAAAAGAAAGAGGAAGUGGAAGGAGCUGAAAACUGGCUGAGAAAGGCAAUUCUAAUGGAGCAGUUUGAAACAGAUAUCACAGAUGAGUCGAUUUUGCAUUUCAGUGAGGAAGAGUAUGAACAAGUGCUUAACUUACAAAGGGACUUAAGAAUUGCUCUGAAUUGGAAGGCUGCCUCUAUUAGAAUUUCAGGUGUUGCGAAAGAUGUCUGGAUUGCUUAUUCAGCCAUUCAGAAAAUGAUCCUCAGAGUAAAAGCUGCUAAACAGGAAGAAGACAAGGCAGAACUUUUACAAAAUGUAAUUGAAUGGAAAUACUUCGAAAAGGAUUCCUAUGUGCCCUUCGACAGUCUCACAAACAUGCAGCUGGAAAAUGCUUACUUGCAAAAGCAGAGAAGCAUUUUCGUCACCAUUCACGGCCAAAAACACACAGUGGAUAUAGAAUGUAAAUCUGCCAUGGAUGGCCAAGGACAACAGAGAUCCAUUAUACGUGUUAAUAAAUCUGAGGAUCAAGAGUCAACAGUACUCCCUGCUACAUGGGACGAUAUGCAAAACAAGCGACUCAGAGUAGUGGAACUAAAACCAGAAUCAAGAGAGUAUAAAUAUGUGCAGGAAAGGUUUAUGAAGACCUGUCAGACAUACAAAAUUGAAAAGAUUGAAAGGGUGCAGAACCCAUUUUUUUGGAAGGCCUACCAAAUAAAAAAGCGUGAAAUGGAUAACAAAAAUGGCAACAGUGAUAAUGAGAGGCUUCUGUUUCAUGGGACGAGUAAAGAGUCGUUAACCUUAAUUAAUGACAGUGGAUUUAACCGGAGCUAUGCUGGAAUGCACGCUGCAUACUUUGGAAAUGGAACUUACUUUGCUGUUAACGCCUACUAUUCUGCCAGCGACAUCUACUCUAGACCAGAUCAAAAUGGGAGGAAGUACAUGUACUUGGCUCGAGUUCUUGUUGGAAAAUAUUCUCAGGGGAAAAAAGGAUCACUUACUCCAGCAGCAAAAGAUCCUCUUAACCCUACAGAUCGGUUUGAUAGUUCAACUGAUAAUGUGACCCAGCCAUCGAUGUUCAUCAUUUUUAAUGACAUUCAAGCUUACCCAGAAUACCUUAUCACUUUCACUAGAUCUUCAUAG